AGGAAAGGAGAGAUCUCGAACCCCAUUCAAAUAUUCAGAAAGACACUGAACAAUUACAGAACUAUUGUUCAGAUGAAGAUCAAACUGGAAAUUCAGAAAGGCACAUCAACACACAUAUGGAGAAAGAAGUCUGGUCAUCCAAUUCACAGAUUCAAAGUGAGGCUGAAGAGUCAACCAGAAAAGCUUUUCAAUGUGAUUUCUGUUUAAAGAACUUCAGCCUGUCCAGUAGCUUAAUCAGACAUAAAAGAAUACAUACUGGAGACAAACCUUACAAGUGUGAUGUGUGUGGGAAGGCAUUCACCCAGUCUUAUACCCGUCAUGAACACAUGAGGAUACAUACAGGUGAUAAACCUUAUAAAUGUGAGGUGUGUGGAAAGGCAUUCAACAAAUUAUGUAACUUAUACUGCCACAUGAGGACACAUACUGGUGAUAAAUUUUAUCAAUGUGACAUGUGUGGGAAAGCUUUCAGUCAGUCACAACAUUUACAGAAACACAUGAAAACACAUGCAGGUGAUAUACCUUAUAAAUGCAGUGUGUGUGAGAAAGCAUUGACCGAUUCCGGCUCCUUAAAAAGACACAUGAGGAUACAUACAGGUGAUAAACCUUAUACAUGUGAUGUGUGUGGGAAGGCAUUCAACCAAGCACACAACUUACAGAGACACCUGAGGACACAUACAGGUGAUAAACCUUAUAAAUGUGAAGUGUGUGGGAAAGCAUUCAGCCAGUCACCACACUUACAGACUCACUUGAGAACACAUACAAGUGAUAUACCUUAUAAAUGUUACGUUUGUGGAAAGUUGUUAAAACGGAAAGAUACCUUACAAGUACACAUGAGAAUACAUACAGGUGAUGAACUUUACAAAUGUGAAGUGUGUGGGAAAGCAUUCAGCCAGUCACAACACUUACAGACACACUUGAGAACACAUACAGGUGAUAUACCUUAUAAAUGUCACGUUUGUGGAAAGUUAUUCAACCGGAAAGAUACUUUACAAGUACACAUGAGAAUACAUACAGGUGAUGAACCUUACAAAUGUGGUGUUUGUGAGAAGGCCUUCAAAUAUGCCACCAAUUAUAAAACACACAUGAGGACACACACAGGUGAUAAACCUUAUAAAUGUUAUGUGUGUGGAAAAACAUUCAGUCGGUCAUAUACCUGUCAUGAACACUUGAGGAUACAUACAGGUGAUAAACCUAAUACAUGUGUUGUGUGUGGGAAACCUUUCAGCAAAGUAGGUAACUUAAACUGCCACAUGAAGAUACACACAGGUGAUAAAUCUUAUCAAUGUGAUGUGUGCGGGAAGGCUUUCAACCAAUCACAGAACUUACAAAAACACAUGAGAACACAUACAGGUGAUAAACCUUAUAAAUGUAAUGUGUGUGAGAAAGCAUUCAGCCAGACAAAUCACUUACAGACACACAUGAGAAUACAUACAGGUGAUAGACCUUAUAAAUGCAGUGUGUGUGAGAAAGCAUUCAGCCAGACAAAUCAAUUACAGACACACAUGAGAACACAUACAGGUGCUAAACCUUAUCAAUGUGAUGCACAUUCUGGUGAUAAAUCUUUUCAAUGUGAUGUGUGUGGGAAGGCAUUCAACAAUUCAGGAAACAUACAGAAACAUAUGAGGACACAUACAGGUGAUAAACCUUAUAGAUGUGAUGUGUGUGAGAAAGCAUUCAGCCAGACAAAUCACUUACAGACACACAUGAGAACACAUACGGGUGAGAAACCUUAUAAAUGUGAGGUUUGUGAUAAGUUAUUCUCCCGGAAAGACACCUUACAAGGACACAUGAGAAUACAUACAGGUGAUGAACCUUACAAAUGUGAUGUAUGUGAGAGGGCCUUCAAAUAUGCCACUGAUUUAAAAAGACACAAGAUGACACAUACUGGAAAUAAACCUUAUAAAUGUGAUUUCUGUCUUAGAGCAUAUUGUAAAAAGUCAGAUCUAGACAAACACCGGAAGAUACACACGUGUGAUUAA